AUGUGGUCAUCUUCAGGAAGCGGCAAGAAGCCCGCGAAUUCAGAGAUGGUCCAAGUUGAUCGAUCAGACUCCCCAUCACCAUUCUGGCGACCGCAGCUCGAAAGAAAUGCUUCUAGACGAAGUGUAACGGCCCCGGUCGCUCGCGACCCCAAUGCUGUCAUUGGAGCGUCGUAUUCGCAUACCGACAUGCUGAAACUUGAUGCUAUCAAUGCCUCGAGCUCUUCCUCGCGACCCAAAACGCCUCCGUCGAGUUCGUCCUCAAGGGCGCGUCCUAACGAAUCCUCUCCACCCCAGAAGAACAAUGCUGGUCGCAAGUCGCCGCCCUUCAAAAGCUACAUCAACUUCCUCUCCAACACAAAUGACGACUGGAACACCGAAGAAGAUGAGAUGGGAUACGACGAUGACGAUGGCGACGACUUUGGACUGCCCAGUCUCUCCAAUAUGAAGCGAAGAAGUCGGAAGAUGGCGGCUCAACAACAAGGCGGCUCUGGCCCGCCGCCAAAUUCCUUCAGCAAUUCAUUUGGAAGUUAUGGACGGCAUCCGUCUGACAGUGCAGACAUUGCAGUUGAACGGCCAGCGUCCUCUUAUCCUAUGCCACGUAAGAGUGAGGGAAAGAUUCUAAGGCCGCAAUACAAAGACAUUCUAAAAGAUCCCGCCAACGCGCUACACCUGAUAAACUACCCCUCUGUCCCUAGCAAUGCCACAUCAAAAGAGGCGGAUGUGAUCAACUCUCGCAUCACACGAAUAAACAAGUUCAAACGACUACUCCAGGCGUCUUCACUAUCACUACCAGACUUGCGGGCAUUGGCCUGGUCAGGAGUUCCCGAAGAGGUUCGCGCCAUGACAUGGCAGCUCCUGCUAAGCUACCUGCCGACGAAUAGCGAACGACGAGUUGCGACGCUUGAGAGAAAGCGAAAAGAAUACCUAGACGGAGUGAAGCAGGCCUUUGAGCGAGUUGGAACGAGCAGCACGCCGGGAAAGUCUCGUGGCCUAGAUGAAGCUAUAUGGCACCAAAUCAGCAUUGAUGUGCCCCGUACCAACCCACAUAUUGAACUGUACAGCUAUGAGGCAACGCAGCGUUCUCUGGAGCGGAUACUGUACGUCUGGGCCGUGCGGCACCCUGCGAGCGGAUACGUCCAGGGCAUCAAUGAUCUGGUAACGCCGUUUUGGCAGACAUUCCUGGGUCUCUACAUUGCCGACCCAAAUGUCGACACCGGCAUGGACCCGGGACAGCUGCCACGGCCGGUACUAGACGCUGUGGAGGCAGACUCGUACUGGUGCCUGGCGAAACUGCUGGACGGCAUCCAGGAUCACUACAUCGUCGCGCAGCCAGGCAUUCAGCGUCAAGUGACUGCUCUGCGCGACCUCACUGCCAGAAUAGAUUCUACCUUGUCCAAGCAUCUCGAAAGAGAAGGCGUGGAGUUUAUCCAGUUUAGUUUCCGAUGGAUGAACUGUCUUCUGAUGCGAGAGAUUAGUGUCAAGAACACGAUUCGCAUGUGGGAUACAUAUUUGGCGGAAGAACAAGGGUUCUCCGAGUUCCACCUAUACGUUUGUGCCGCACUUUUAGUCAAGUGGUCCGACAAGCUCGUCAAGAUGGACUUUCAGGAGGUUAUGAUGUUCCUCCAGAGCCUGCCCACGAAAAGCUGGACGGAAAAGGACAUUGAAUUGCUCCUGAGCGAGGCCUUUAUCUGGCAGAGUCUGUACAAGGGGUCGGCGGCGCACCUCAAGGGCGGGCCGACCAAAUCGGUACUGUCGGAUCUGCAGCUAUGA